GUGCCCCCUGGGCGGACAGUGGGGAUGCUGGGAGGGGCGCCGGGGCUCUGCGACUGUGGGACGCGUGGAGCGGAGCGGGGCGGAGGAACAUUUAGAAACUUGGAGGCAGCAGUAGUUAGAAUUCAGACCAAACUGAUAAAUGACAGAAAGGCGUCUUUCAAAAACCAAGGAAGCAGGGUUGUCCCGCAGGUAACCACCAGGAUGGGAGUAAAUGACUUGUGGCAAAUUUUGGAGCCUGUUAAACAACACGUCCACUUGCACAGUCUCAGUGGGAAAACCAUUGCUGUUGAUCUGAGUCUCUGGGUGUGUGAAGCACAGACAGUCAAAAAAAUGAUUGGGACAGUCAUGAAGCCCCACCUCAGAAAUCUGUUUUUUCGUAUCUCAUAUUUAAUGCUAAUGGAUGUAAAACUGGUGUUCGUUAUGGAAGGGGAACCCCCGAACCUGAAAGCUGAUGUCAUUAGUAAGAGGAAUCAGGUCCGGUAUGGACCUUCUGGAAAAACACGGUCUCAGAAAACAGGGAGAUCACAUUUUAAGACAGUCUUAAAGGAGUGUCUUGAUAUGCUGGAGAGCUUAGGCAUUCCCUGGGUCCAGGCUGCUGGCGAAGCUGAAGCCAUGUGUGCCUACCUCAGCGCCAGUGGUUAUGUGGACGGCUGCCUCACCAAUGAUGGAGACGCUUUCCUUUAUGGGGCCCAGACUGUUUAUAGGAAUUUCACUAUGAACACCAAGGACCCACAUGCUGACUGUUAUACAAUGUCAUCCAUCAAGAGUAAACUAGGUUUGAAUAGAGAUGCUCUGGUUGGGCUGGCAAUACUACUUGGCUGUGAUUAUCUUCCAAAGGGAGUCCCUGGAGUUGGAAAAGAGCAAGCAUUAAAACUGAUAAAGAUUUUGAAAGGGCAAAGUUUACUUCAGAGGUUUAAUCAGUGGAAUGAACAGUCUUGUUACUCUAAUUCACAACCAGCACUCGUUAACAAACUGGCUCAUUGCUCUGUGUGCUCCCAUCCAGGUUCAUCUAAGGAUCAUGAACAUAAUGGAUGCAAAUUAUGUCAAACUGAUCGAUACUGUGAACCACAUGAUUAUGAAUACUGUUGUCCUUGUGAAUGGCACCGUACAGAACAUGAGAGGCAACUGAAUGCAGUAGAAUACAAUAUCAAGAAAAAAGCUUGCAGUUGUGAGGGAUUCCCAUUCCAUGAGGUUACUCAAGAAUUCCUUCUGAACAAGGAUAAAUUGGUGAAGGCAGUCAAGUACCAAAGACCUGAUUUAUUGUUGUUUCAGAGAUUUACUCUUGAAAAAAUGGAGUGGCCCAAUCACUAUGCAUGUGAGAAAUUGUUGACACUGUUGACCCACUAUGACAUGACAGAAAGGAAGCUCGGUCGAAGGAACUCUAAUCAGCUGCAGCCAAUUCGAAUCGUUAAAAACCGAAUCAGAAAUGGAGUUCAUUGUUUUGAAAUAGAAUGGGAAAAGCCUGAACAUUAUGCUGUAGAAAAUAAACAUGGAGAAUUGGCUCUACUAACAAUAGAAGAAGAGUCAUUGUUUGAAGCAGCUUAUCCUGAGAUUGUUGCUAUUUACCAAAAACAAAAGUCAGAAAAUAAAGGGAAGAAACAAAAGAGCAUGAAAAUUAAGUCUAAAGGAAACAUUUUGCCAGAAUCAGAUGAGAUGAUGAAUGUUCAAUCACACAUGACUGUAAAACCCACAUGGGAAAUCUUUCCUAAGCAGAUAUCCAAGUUAAGCUUGGAAAUUUCCCCUGAUUCUACAUCACCCGAGGAAUUUAUUUCCACAUCAUUGAAUGUCUUGCUUUUACCUGAAGAUGCUGCCUGUUUGAGUACACAAGAACAGUUAAUAUCUUCUCCAAGACCUUUGGCUAUACAGCAAAUUAAAGAUAUCAGUAAGUCUCUAACUGCAGAAUCUAGUCAACCUAGUACCUCAUCCCAUAAUAUAUCCGCAGUUGCUGAUCUGCACUUGAGCACCAUCGACUGGGAAGGUACUUCUUUUAGUAAUUCUCCGGCCAUCCCCAGGAACGCAUUCACUCAUGGUUUAAAAUCGGAACUUGAAACAGCUAUUCCUGACAAUUUUAAAAAUAAUCCAAAGCAGUUGUGUUGUGAAUCAGAACGGCUUACCACCAGUGUUAAUAAACUCUCCUGUUGGGGUCUUCAGAAGACUAAUCCUGAGGAGGACCUUCUUUCUGGCAUUAGUGAUUUACGUCUUCAGGAUUUACCCUUAAAGGAACGAAUACUUAUAAAAUCAUAUCCUCAGAAUACUUUAGAACCACAUGUUGACUUAAAAACUUUGUCCCUACUUACUGUAAAAGAACAGUGUGUUGCUAAUAAUACUUCUCAUUGUCCAUCACAUCUUUCCAAGGAUCUUCUAGGAAUUCAUUGGCAAAAUGAAUCUAGAAACUGUAAAAUUCCAAAAGGAGGCCAGCUGUUUCAAGAAAAUGAUAAAUCAAAUACAUCUGUACCCUUGUCUGUCAAUAACCCAGGAACGAAGACCUCCAAUGUUAGAACUGGGCCACCAAAUGCUGCUUUAUAUCAUAGUAGAAAAGCUGGCUUUCAAAUUGCUCAGAAAACUGUAAUGAAGAAGAGCGUUUGCCUUGACAGACCUUCCUCUGAUGAAGAAAGUGUCCCAGAGUUUGGGAAAGCUAAAUCCACAAGUCAAAAAAUGAAGCAGAGUUCUCAGAAGCAUAGUCCAACCCAUUUCAAGAAAAAUGAUGCCAACAAGUUGAGUAACCCUAAGGCAUAUAUUAAAAAAACUCAGCAGUGUGUCCAGGCUUAUAAAACAGCUGGAAAUGAAGAAGCCUGUUUCCCAGAUGCAACAGAAGAGCCUCUGAGUUUUCUCCGACACCAUAAGGAUAAAGAUGACUCUGGUACCUUGUUGGAUAGUCCUCUUCCUUUAAGUCAGAGAUUAAAGCUAAGGUUGCAAAACACUUGAAAUUUCAAGUAUUCAGCUGUGACUUAGUAUUCUGGUACUGUUGGCAUUAGCAGAAACAGAAGGAAGGUAUCUGAUUAGUGUGUAGUAGAAAAAUUUAAUGUGGUUCUAUAUAUUAUGAGACCCUUGCCAUUUUCAUCAAAACUAUAAUUAAAAUGUUCCCUUAAACUUCUGUUUUAAAGCACUAUCCUCUGUAGUGAAAAUUCCAGAUAAUGUAUAUUUUUAUAACAUACUUUGUCCAUUUAAAAAAAUAUCUUUACUGAUUAUGCUUUAGUUAUAUCCUUAAAGUGUUAGCAUAGCACUAGACACAGAGUAAGUGCCGCACCCAUUUGUUCAUUUUUACUCAUUUCUUCCACAAGCCUCUAAAGCAUUUUUGGAUAUUACAACUUGUUUCCCACAGGGUAACUCUUUAUCAUUGCCUGCAUUCUCAUGUCUUCCAUUGUGCCUUUCUGGGAGUUAUAUUUACUCUCAAUGUGAAGAUAGUUUCAACUGCUCUUCAGUUUCGGUAAUCUCAUUCUCUUUUGUGAAAUAAAAUUCACAAAAUUUCAUAUAUAGUAAAACUCAUGGUUGUAGUAGUUGAAUAAAUUUGGAAAGCUACUUCUUACAUAUCCCCAGAGGUUCACAGGUAUGCCAAGUGGACAGAGAUUUGAAAAAUAGAAUGUAUAACCAGAAGAGUAUUAGAAACUUGCUCAGGAUCAUGCAACUAAUUAAUAGUGGUAUGGGAACCAGAUUUCUUUUUUAUAGCACUUUUUUCUCUCCCUUUUUGUAAAAAAAUGAAUCUGUGGCUUCCUGGAUG